AUGUCUUCCCUCCCACCAGGAACGGAUCUUUGCGCCAUUCCCGCGGCUCAACCUCCAUCAGGCCAGACACCCAACCUGGUGAACCCACCGUCCUUGGCCGGUGCGACCAUCGCCGUGACAACAGUGACGCUUGCUUGGGCGGUGGUUUUCACAGCGGCGAGGCUGUACACAAACUUUCGGAAGCUGACUUGGGCCGACGGCUUUGUGGUCAUCGCGCUGACGCUUUCCGCGACAUACAAUGGCUUGCUGGUAUGGAGAGCAACCAGUGCUUACCAUGCGAGGCCUCAGAUUCUCUACGCCCAAGGCGUCCUCCUUGGACCCGUCAUCUUCUUCGCCAAAUCCUCCAUUUUCCUUCUCUGUCGGCAGAUCUUCACCAUCCAAAAAGCAAUGAAAUACGCCAUCCGUUUCGGUCUGCUCUUCACCUUCGUCCUAUACUGGCCCGGAGUCGGUCUGGAAUCGUACUUUGCCGCGCCGCAUGUUGGAGAGAGCUGGGAUGAUUUGCUGGUCAACAGGAGACCAGAGCACUUGAUAUACUGGGGUGUCGUUCAGGGAACGCUCUCUGUGGUUCUGGAUAUCUACAUUUUCAUUCUGCCGCUCCCGCUUCUCUCCAAGCUCCAACUUCCUCCCAAGAAGCGAUGGCAAAUCUUGGCCAUCUUUUCGACAGCCAUGAUGGGAAUUGUCGCCAGCGUCAUCGCCCUCGUUUAUCGCAUUCGGCUUUUAACCACCACUGAUACUACCUUCACUCAAAGUGCGCUCUUCAUUUGCGUAAAUGUCGAGAACAACGUCGCCAUCAUCGUCAGUUCGAUGCCCUUCUUCGCGACCUUUUUCAAAAGUCACGUCCUGGAAUCUACCCUGUUCAAGACUCUACGUUCACGACUAAGCUCUAGCGGUGGCCGCUCCGCAGUUGGCACCGUCGACCACAUGGAUAAGAUAGAGAAUGGUAAACCGUCUCGAGCGCGUCUUCUGGACGAAACGACCGGACAGUACUACGAGCUGCGAGACUUUCCUUAUGCAGGAACGAACACCCGGAUACAGGGAGGAGGGGCGGAAAGGCCGUCGACGCAGGGAAAGGGGAUCUCUCGUGAGGUCAACAUUGAGCAGGAGAUUCGGGAGUUUUCCGUUGUAUGA